AUGGCUUCGAUUAUACAGGAUGUGGCUUGGGGAUCUUUGCGAAAGAGAAUGGAGGAUGAAACUGAUCCCGAUGAGUCGCCUGAAGCUGGAGAGAAAGAGUUCUGGACCUCCUGGGCCCUCUUCAUCCUCAUAUUACUCUUAAUUACCGCGCUCUUUACCAGUUACAUCCUAAAGCAGAAGCGAAUUCAAGCUGUUCAUGAGACGGUCCUUUCCAUUUUCUCUGGCAUGGUUGUUGGUCUGAUUAUCCGCAUAACUCCUGGAACACUCAUUCAGAAGUCCGUGAGCUUCAAUUAUCAGUUCUUCUUCAACCUGCUCCUUCCCCCGAUUAUCCUGGCUUCUGGAUAUGAGCUGCAUCAGGCCAAUUUCUUCAGAAAUAUAGGAACGAUCCUUACGUUCGCCUUCGCCGGAACCUUUAUAUCAGCACUGGUACUAGGGACGAUCUUGUUCUUAUGGACGAGGAUUCCUCUGGACGGUCUUAACAUCUCUUUCGUCGAAGCGAUCUCAGUCGGCGCCACACUUUCUGCAACUGACCCGGUCACAAUUUUGGCUAUAUUUAAUGUAUACAAGGUGGAGCCGAAACUUUAUACAGUGAUUUUUGGAGAAUCCAUUUUGAACGAUGCGAUUGCAAUUGUUCUCUUCGAAACUGCCCAGAGGUACAAGCCAGGCGGCGCCGCGGGAAACAUCACUAUUCUCAGCUUGUUCGAGGCCAUCGGCGUAUUUUUGCUGGUGUUCUUUGGCAGUCUGUUGAUUGGUGUGGUUGUCGGCGUUGUCACAGCUCUCGGUUUAAAGUAUACGCAUGUCCGCCGAGAGCCGAAGAUUGAGAGCUGCUUGAUUGUCCUAAUUGCGUACGCAAGCUAUUUUUUCUCAAACGGCGUUCACAUGUCUGGUAUUGUAUCACUUUUAUUCUGCGGCAUUACACUAAAACAUUAUGCAUACUACAAUAUGUCCAGAAGGACUCAGCUCACCACAAAGUUUAUUUUCCAAAUCCUGGCUCAACUGUCAGAGAAUUUUAUCUUUAUUUACCUUGGUUUGGAUUUAUUCACUGAAGUGAAUUUGCAAUUUAAACCGUUGUUUAUUAUGAUCACAGUCGUUGGUAUCUGUGUCUCGAGGUAUAUGUCGGUUUUCCCCUUGUCAAAACUGAUUAAUUGGUUUAUUCGAUAUCGAGCUAGACGGCGAGGUCAAGACGUCGCCGAUGAACUGCCUUUCUCAUACCAGGCCAUGCUUUACUGGGCAGGACUACGCGGAGCCGUUGGUGUGGCAUUAGCCGCUGGCCUAGAAGGUCCAAACGCCCCGGCAUUGCGAGCUACGGUUCUAGUUGUUGUGGUCCUGACAGUAAUCAUAUUUGGUGGUACCACAGCUCGAAUGCUAGAGAUUUUAGACAUUCGAACUGGGGUAAUGGAGGAAGCGGAUUCUGAUGACGAGUUCGACAUUGAAAUGACAAAUGCAGGCACAUACUACAAACGUUCUGGAACUGGUUUGGGCCAUAUGCCUCGCCGAAACGACUUUACCAUUCCGCUUGAUUCGGUCCGUAGAGCAGACAACAUUGAGCCUGGACCUCUCACUGGUGACAGUUACUCCGGUGGGAACAACGGACGUCUUUCGCCCCGCACAGCUGAUGGGGCCAGAAGGAUGAAAAAGCAUACUGCCUACGAUCGACACGGUCGUUCAAGGGAUGCUGCAUCUACUCAAACAUUGCUUGGCCACGGUAGUGAGAGCCAAAAUGGAAGUGCAAGCGGCAGCAGCGCCGAUGAAGCCGCGGCCAUGACCAGUAGUAGGAAUCGAGCGGCAAAGACAUUAGCGGAGACUGACCCAGACUUCGAAGACUUUAAUCUUGAGCUUGACUCUAUCUCUGAUGAUGAUCACUUACCUCCAGCUGCACAUUCACGUAGGCCGUCGCGUACACCGUCGCGCUUGUCCAUGCAUGCUUCCCAAGGAUCAAGUCGACCACCAGGACAGCCUUCCCCAGCAAGUGGGGGACAAACGCAGAACGAAUUAGCGCAGCCUACUUUUUCAGGAACUACAACCACUUUUCGUGACUUAUUAUCUGGCGCAGGCUCUAGGGACCAUGCUGACUGGUUCAGGCAGCUGGACGAAGAAUAUAUCAAACCGAAAUUGCUUCUUGACCAAGGAUCUGGGCGUAAAGGGCCCGGCGCGGUAUAG